AUGCCACAAUCAUUUACGUCCAUCGCAAAAAUUGGUGAUUACAUUUUAAAAUCACCUGCUUUAUCUAAACUAUGUGUCCCAGUGGCCAACCAAUUCGUUAACCUCGCUGGUUACAAGAAGCUAGGUCUCAAAUUUGAUGAUUUAAUUGCAGAAGAAACCCCUGUAAUGCAAACUGCUCUGAGAAGACUACCUGAAGAUGAAUCUUAUGCCAGAUCUUACAGAAUAAUCAGAGCCCACCAAAGUGAAUUAACCCAUCAUUUGCUUCCAAGGAAUGAAUGGAUCAAGGCUCAGGAGGAUGUUCCUUAUUUGUUGCCUUAUAUAUUAGAAGCGGAGGCUGCUGCCAAGGAAAAGAACGAAUUAGAUAACAUAGAAGUCUCCAAAUAG